AACGAGCAGCGCAUUAGACGCAGUUGGGAAGAGAAUGACGGGACAGCAGUGAGCCCUCUCUCUCUCUCUCACACACACCGGAAGUUUCUGGCUUUGUGGAUUAUAGUCGGCUCUAAUUGCGUUUGUUAUUUGGCGCUCGGAGGAAGACCGGACCGGAUCGAGCCGAACCGGACACACGGCUCGGUUCGGGAUUUAUCGGAUUUCCAUCUGUCGCAAAAUAUCGUGGUGGAAAGUGAUAACUUUUAAAGCCGCAUAUUGACCGGAGACUGAGUAAUGCGCACUGAUUUGUGGUUUUUUAAUAAUAAUAAUAAUAAUAAUAAUAAUAAUAAUAAAGCAGUGCUGGCGGCGGGUGAUGAAGGUCUUUCCCUGGAGUAAUUUGCUUUAAGAUGCUCUGCGUUGUGCGCAAAAGGAGGCUCAAACUUGUGCGCUGAACGAGCCCGGAACCGUGCGGGAUGGGAGAAGCGGCUCCGGCGCAGCCCACGGCUCCGGGUUUCCCCCCCGUCCUGGGCUCGGUGGCUUCGGGCUCCAUGGCCUCGGUGAGCCCGGUGUCUGUCCACAGCGCGAUCGUGGAGCGGCUGCGCGCGCGGAUCGAGUUGUGCCGCCGCCAUCACUCGGCGUGUGAGAGCCGCUACGCGCGCGGCCAGGCGGAGAUCUCGGACCGGGAGCGCGAGGCGACGCUGCAGCUGCUCAGUAUUGUCCAGCAGGGCGCUGGGAACCGGAGAGGCAAAGAGAGGAGCGCGAGAGCGAGCGCGGCGCACGGGCCAGACGGAGCCCGAGCUAACGGAGAGCAGAAGAGCCGAGAGAGCGCGGAGGGAGAACCGAGACUGGCCACACGCAUCGCGCUCCAGGGGUCCCUUAGAAGAAAGAUUGAAGGGCAGCCUUCUGGAUACACUGUUAAGCAGAAUGGCCACUUCUGUGUGGGUCCAGUGCCAGACUUCAAGCGUCUUCGUAUGGAGACGAGCGCUCUUCAUGCUGGUGCUUGCUCUGUAGAUGCAGGGCAGCCUCAGAAUUUAGCCGGGUCCAUAGCUCUGGGCCAUACUCCCCGACGGAAAGAUCCCUUCAUGAUGGGCCAAGGUGUAGGCAACGAUAUUUUCAACAUGACUCUCAGAGACAUGAAGAAAGAGCCGACUGAUGUUCAGACUUGCAGCCAGUCAUCAGCAGAUCCUGCAAUGAUGGUGUUUGACUUUAAAGAUGAGGGUGGAGGACAGAUUGACCCUGAACUCCAGGAUCUGUUUGAUGAGCUCACCAAGUCAGUACCACCUCUCAAUGACCUGGAGCUGGAGAAAAUGCUGAAGCAAGAUGAUGACUUUGGUUUGGAUCUCGGUCGACCCAGCUCAGCUGGUGCAGCCAAUCCCUGCCCUCAUUUAGAUAAACCGAUCAAGACUGAGUACUCACCUGAUUUUGGCCAAGCACCAGGAAGCUCUCCGCAGCUUAGGCCAGCAUCUGCUGGACCAUCCUUCUCAAUGGCCAACACUACUUUGUCAACUUCCCCCAUUGGGCCUGGGCAAAUGACUCAUAAUCAUGUACCGCAAACCACAGGAACAUCUUCAAGAGGACUACCUGCCUGGCCUGAAAUGUCGCAUGCGGAGCAGCUAAAGCAAAUGGCGGCAAACCAGCAGCCCAAACAGCAGUCCAACAACUCUCUCCUUCACCACCAACAACAAAGCCAAGCAGGAGGAGUAAGGAACUGGUCCUCCACUAUGAGUGGCCACCCGAGUUCCUUUUGUCAGGAAACAGUGUCCAGCACUGGUCUGCUAAGCCAACCAAGAAUUAGCUCUCAGGGCACAGGUCAGGGCAAAGGAAUGCCCAAUUGUCUCUUUAAGCCCAGUGGUUACACCCCAUCAAAUCCCACCGACAUGAAAGCUCUCGGCAAUAAACCAAUGCUGCAUUUCACCCCUAAAGCAUCAACUUCAACCACAGGCCAACAAAUCCCCCACAUGGCUGGGUCGCAGAGCAAACAGACUACACAGCAGCAGUCUACAGGAGGUCAAAACACGCAGUUCCAGUUGUCUAUGCAAUCAUCAUGCCUACAACCGAAGCCCCUGAGGCCUCCUCUCAGCCAGCAUGGUCCUGGAAUCAACUUUAAAAUGAACCAACAAAGACAGGGAUUGGCAGCGGGGCCACGUUUCUCAGCAAACGGUUGUCUGGUGAGCCAGCAGCAGCAUCCAUCUGCACCGAGCACUCCGCAGAUAAACAGCGGCAAAGGGCAGAGACAGCUCAGCCAACCUCAGCAGCACACCAGCGACUCGGAGAAAUUCAACUCACAGGAUCAGUUUAACAGACAUCUAACAAGACCCCCACCUGACUACAAACACACACAGCAUCCAAACCUUUAUCCAGGUCUGACAUCAUCCCCAAUGACCAAUAAUAGCUCUGACCAGAGGGAGAUCCAGUCCAUGUCAUGCCAUAUAUCCAAUGGCCAAGGAGUCAAAAUGACACCCACCUCUGGAGACAGAAUUUUUCCCAGUAGAUCUGAUCAUUCAGAAGUCCAGAACUGUGCAGGCCAACUGCACCAACAGCCUAACAGCCAGAUCCAAAUUGCAAUGCAUCAAAACAAGCCACAGUUCCAGGGAAUUGCCCCUACCACACAGCAUGUAAGAACCAGUGCAAACCAAGAUCCAAUCCUUGGCCAAGGACUGGGAUGCAUGACUGCCAGUGGAAGCAGGGAGACGGGCAUGAGCUGGGAAAAUGUUGCAAAGCAACUAGACGUAAAGAGACUUCCAGGCACACAGCCAGCCCAGGCAGCACAAACUGAUGCUCACUUCCCAUCAAGACAUAUCGGGCCACCAAAUCAGGUAGUGCCCCAUUCUGGACUGAUCCCUUUAAACCCUGGUAUUAGAGGAUCUGCUCCUAGAGCCAGCCAGCCACGAAUACCCCCACUUCCCGGGAUCAGCAGACUAAACCAGUCCUCUCCCACACAGCAGGGGUGCAUGAGCACAUACGGAGGCACAGCACAAAGCCCUGGUGCCUAUCAGAACAACCGUACAGGCCGCCUCACUUUUGAUUUUCUGCAGGAUGGGGAUAAUACAGUGCCAGGGAUCAAUGCAGACUCGGACUUCAUUGAUUCUCUGCUUAAGUCAGGUUCAGGCAAUGAUGACUGGAUGAAAGAUAUAAACCUAGAAGAGAUUCUGGGUGGUCACUCAUGAAAGAAAGACUCAGGAACACAAAUGAGAGUGAUGACUUUACUAUUUUGGUAUUUUACUAAGUGGUUUAGUGAUUGACUCUUUUUAAAGAGCUUUGAGUUAUAUUUUAAAGCACCUAACAUAAGGGACUGGCUUGAUUUCUUAGAAUUAAGAUUCUGAAGAGAUAUCCAAUUAUCAUGCCUAUUUUUUUUUUUUAUUCGUGUGGAUAACUGAUGUAUUGCAGGUAUCAUUAUACAUAGAUUUAGCUUUUAAUCAUAUUAUCUAAUCUGUUAUAAAGCUCCAUGUUCACAAUAUGUAUGGUCUUCAUAGUAUGUUAUAGAACUAUACACAUCCCUUUGUAAACUCAUGCAGUUUGGCGAGUACUGUAAAAGUCAGCCAUAGUAAGUAUUGACAUUGCAGCACAAUGCAAAAAUCUGGUGCACUUGUGACCAUCACAUCCUGAAGAUUAGUUGUGAAAGUGGUAUUCAUUUAAUCUAGCUUGUCAUGCAACUUGAAUAAGAUAAACAACUUUGUCAACCGUGCUGGCAGUCAAAGGAUACAAUGGCAGAGAUGUUAUGAGCGUAUACCUUGUUGUAAGAUCUUUGUGUGAGUCUAAAACAGUACGUCUUAAAGCUACAUCUCUAAAUCUAAAACCUCGGGACUUGCUCUUGGCAGAAAUCUAAAAUUGGAUUCCCCUAUAUCUGGUUACAGAAAUAUUCCAUGCAGACAUUAAGUAUUAAAAAUGUCUAAAUGUCAUAUAGCUAAUAUUGUAUUUAUAAAUAUGUUUAUUAUAGCUUGUGUUUUUUGUAAGACUAGUCUUUUCUAUAAUGCUCUAUAAGCCUGUGAUAAAUGUGCAUAUCCUGUGAUGUCAAUUUAGCCUUUGAAUACUGACAAUUUCAAUAAACUCUAGUUAUGCAGA